UUCAACACAAGGGAAAACUCAGGACAGUCUAAGCAGCAUUGAUAGGACCUGAGCAAGCAGCUACCAGAAUGUGUACUGUCUACGUCUUUAAAGAGAAAUAGUCUGUGAAGGAAGACUUGUAAUCUGGAGAAGAGACCUGCCAUUUGCUCUGUCCUUUAUAGUGAUGGUACAGGAAAAAGAGGAAUGGAUAAAAACAUUGGUGAGCAACUCAAUAAAGCGUAUGAGGCCUUCCGACAGGCAUGCAUGGAUAGAGAUUCUGCAGUAAAAGAACUACAGCAAAAGCAGACUGAGAACUAUGAGCAGAGAAUACGUGAGCAACAGGAACAGCUGUUACUUCAACAAAUGAUUAUUGACAAGCUAAAAUCACAGUUACUUCUUGUGAAUUCAAGACGAGAUAACAAUUACAGCCACGUUCCCUUGUUUGAAGACAGUGAAACAAAGAAUAAUAAUUUGACUCCUGACCAUCCACAUGAUAAAAUGAAACCUGGAAUGCCAAAAGACAAAGAACCAAAGGUAAGAGGACAAGAACUUCCUUCUUCUAAAAAAGAGACUUCAUUAAAGAGUCUUGGCUCUCCAUUAUUCCAUGAAAGGGACAAUAUAGAGAAGUCUUUCUGGGAUCUGAAAGAAGAAUUUCAGAGAAUAUGCAUGCUAGCAAAAGCACAAAAAGAUCACUUAAGCAAACUUGAUAUACCAGACACUGCAACUGAAACACAGUGCUCUGUGCCUAUACAGUGUACAGAUAGACCAGAUAAACAAGAAGUGCUGUUCAAGCCUCAGGCUAAAGAUGAUAUAAAUAGGGGCGCAGUGUGUAUCACAUCUGUCACAGCAAGAGGACCUGGCCGAGAUGAGGAAGAUAUUUCUUUUGAAUCACUUUCGAAAUUCAAUGUCAAGUUUCCACCUAUGGACAGUGACUCUACUUUCUUACAUAGCACUCCAGGGAGACCCAGCAUCCUUGGUCCUGCCAUAUCUGAGACUCUAUGCCAGGACAAAUUUAAUGUGGAGCUCAGAGACAACCCAGGAAACUUUGUUAAAAGAGAAGAAACUUCAUUUGAAAUUCAGGGACUCGCUCCCAUAGCUACAGCUAUACAAAACCUUAAGACAACUGACAAAACAAAACGCUCAAAUCUUGCAAAUACUGAUAUCCGGACAAUUGUGGAUGGAGCUUUGUGUUUGCCAUCUGGAGACCAUAAUGCAUUGUAUGUAAAUACAUUCCCACUUCAGGACCCAAUUGAUGCACCUUUUCCCUCACUGGAUUCCCCAGGAAAAGCUAUCCGAGGACCACAGCAGCCCCUUUGGAAGCCCUUUUCUAACCAAGACAGUGACUUAGAGGUACUAAGUGACUCAUUCUCAGAAUUCCAUAUACCUCGAGUAUGUGAAUUCUGUCAAGCAGUUUUCCCACCAUCCAUUACAUCCAGAGGGGAUUUCCUCCGGCAUCUUAAUUCACACUUUAAUGGGAAGAGUUAAGUCACAUUGAUAACAGAUAUAGCAAGUUCUAUGUGAUGAUUUUAAGUUUGCAAUACUAUUAAAAAAAAACUUGACUGUAAAACUAAAUUUAAAAUGAUUUAUGGAAAGAUCUAGUGCCAGUGCUAUUGUAAUUUUUUUCUAAACUUAUUUUGUAAUUUACUGUUAAAGAUCAUUUUGUACAAAACUAUUAUUCUUUUUUUCAUGUUUACAGUAUUACCAUAUUUCAAAAUUAUGUUUGUAUUUUAAAGAAUUAUAUAAUUGUAAUUUAUGGUUGUUUCAACUACCUAAACCUAUUGCUUGGAUUUCUCAUGAGAUCUAUUGAAUUUGAUGUUAUCAAAUGUUCAUAAGAUUUCAUUUAAAGGUCUUCAUUUUAAAAUGUAGAUUAUUUAUGCUACAGGUAAUGUUCUUUUAAAAUAAAUCUGUAAUUUAUAGGAAAUAGCAGCAACAUAAACAUCCAUUGAAGAUGUGUUGCCGAGUGAUAUUUAACACUUUUUUAAUCUAGGUAUGUUUUAAUAAUGUGCAUGCUACACAAUGAAAUGAAUUAAACAUUAAAAGACUUA